GUAAUUCUCUCUCCCUUUCUCGAUUGCUCACACUUCUCCCACUCACUAAUCUCAAAUGUGUCUAUAAAUAGAGACGGCUAAGCUACAUUAAGUUCACUCCAAAAUCAAUCAACUCUUGCAUAUCGAUCUCCUUCACAGAUAUAUACUCGCAAUCAACUGAGAUAUGGCGUACUCAAAGAAUAUUCUUCUUGUUGUCUUUGCUGUUCUCCUCAUCACUGCUGAGGUCUCAGCUCAUCGUGACCUAACUGAGACAACCACUGCAACUACUGAUGGCCGAUCGGGAUACAACGGAGGACGCAAUGGAGGAAAAGGAGGAUUUUUGAAUGAAGAUGGCAGAUGGGGAUACAACAAAGGAGGCAAUGGAGGAAAAGGAGAAGGCAUGGGAGGAAAGGGAGGCAAGGGAGGAAAGGGAGGGGGAGGGCAUGGACCCGAAACCGAGAACUAGAUGAUGAUCCUGCCGCUGCAUAAGUAUUAGAGUGGAAGAAGUAUGCACUAGCUUGUUUGCUAAUCAAUAAAUUUGUAUUGGUUGAGUAGUCGCUCAAUCAUAUCUUUGUAAUUCGAUCCUCUGAUCAACUUGUUAUGUUGUACGUACUAUUUAUAAGAC